AAUUCAUUUAACAAAUAUUGAACAACAUUCAAGAUGGCCAACGACUGUUGCAAGAAUUUUUCAAAGAUCCUUUUUCACUAUGAAACUGUAAAAAUUGUCGAUAUAAAAAAUAAAAAAGUUGGUGCUUUAUACCGGUUCAUUCAACUUAUCAUUCUGGCAUAUGUGAUCGGGUAUGUUAUUGUAUACAAAAAAGGUUAUCAAGAUUUUGACAAUGCCAUAAGUACUGUUACAACAAAGUUGAAAGGGACCUCUUAUGUAAACUAUAAUAAUGUUACAUCGCCAUUUCAUGAAAAUAUUGAAGUUUAUGAUCCUGCUGAUUAUGUGGUUCCUCCUCAGGAAAACAAUGCAUUUUUUGUAAUGACAAAUAUGAUUAUCACCCCUAAUCAAACUCGAUCAAGAUGUCCAGAAGACCCAAAAUUUUCAGAAAAUAAAUGUCAAGUGGAUAAAGAUUGUUUACCAGCUCUAAAACCUAUCAAAAAUGGAAAUGGUGUAAGAACUGGUAGAUGUGUUCAAUCAGAUCGACCUAAUAUAUCUUACCGUGUAUGUGAAAUAUAUGGAUGGUGUCCUACUGAAACAGAUAUUUUACCAAUGCCAGGUUAUAAUUUCAGUGCAAGUGUCCCACUUCUAGAUGAUGCUAAAGAGUUUACAGUUCUUCUUAAGAAUGAAGUAAUAUUUCCAAAGUUCAAAGUUCAGAGGCGUAACAUAGUUAAAAAUAACAAUUCAAACUAUCUGAAAACUUGUUUUCAUAAUCAUGAUACUGAUCCACUGUGUCCUAUAUUUAAAAUUAAAGAUGUGAUUCAAGAGUGUAAUGAUGAUUUUGAACAAGUUGCUUAUUUGGGUGCAGUAUAUGGCAUUUUGGUUAACUGGGAUUGUAAUUUAGACCUUUCUCUUGAUAAAUGUACACCUACUUAUAGCACAAGAAGACUUGAUGAUCCAGAUGCUCCAAUAUCUCCUGGGUUUAACUUCAGAUUUGCAAAUUACUAUGUCGUAGACAAUAAACAAUAUCGCACUCUUUUUAAAGCAUAUGGAUUAAAGUUUGAAAUAAUAGUUACUGGAAAGGCUGGAAAAUUUAGUGUCAUUCCUUUAUUUACUAAUUUAGGUGCUGGUCUUGCUUUACUUGGCAUAGCUGUUGUUUGGUGUGAUUUUAUUGUCAUGUACUUGUUGAAGAAGCGUUUUAUUUACAAAGAGUAUAAAUAUCAAAAAAUUGAUGAUGAUGAAGAAACAAAUAAAAAUGAAGCAGCAGAAGAAGUAGGCAAUCAAAUUAAAGAAAAGAGCGAGUCUAAAGUUGGAUAUCAAUUAUUGGAUGAUGAAGACAAUCAUUAAUAACUUCAUCCACUUCGGAAUGUUAAAUAAAUUAACUUAAAUUAUUUACAAUGUACAAAUAAAUUGAACUAAAAUUAAAAAAAUUAGAUUAAUAUAAAAAUUUUACAAACUUAAAUUGUUAAGUUGUAUACAAGCAGAUAUCGGUAAUAUUAUUCAAGUUUAUCUAUGUAUUACUGGCAACUAAAAAUGUUUUUUAGAAAUAUUUAUCCAAAUAAUAA